AUGGGGCAUGGCGUAACCAUGAUCGAGGCUGAAAACAUGAAACAUCUCGCAGAAAACAGCAAAGUGCCAGUGCCCAAAGUUCACGCCGCCUUCAAGGACCCUGACACUAACAAAACCUAUAUUAUUAUGCAAUAUAUCCAGGGUGAUACCCUCCAGAAGUUAUUGCCAUCCCUCAGUAAGAGUGAGAAGGUGACGAUAUGCAAUCUGCUCAAAGAUUCAAUUGUGGAACUACGGAGUAUACCGCCACUAGAUUACUUCGGGAUGUUGAAUCGCCAGCCGUACCUUGACGGGGUGUUCUGGACUGAUGGGUUGGACCCCAAGAUAUCAGGCCCUUUCACAAAUCAGGCAGAAAUGAAUCUUGCCAUCAUCGAGAAACUGCGCCAGACGGAAUCAGACCCGUAUAUCCGAUUGUUGCGGAAUAUGGUUGACCGGACUCUGCAUUGCUUUCACUCACGGUGA